UAGAUUUCUAGAGAGGGGGGAAUUGAGGAAACUGGAGUUCUAAUCAUGAGGGAACACGUAUAUAUAAAAGGGAAAAGCAAUUGAUAGGCUCCCGUGAUCUAUACGAACCUGUUCAAAGAAUUAAGCAUGACCCAGUUGAGAUUGACCUGAAUCUUGAUCUGGGUUUGACUCAAAUUUAGUAAAAAUCAAAUCCUUUUUCAUGGUUUCGGGUUGUUAAACUGGUGUGGAGAAAUGGGUUGUGUGUCUUCAAAGCAGGCAGUUUCUGUGACGCCGGCGGUUGACCAUUCGGGUGGUUUCCGGGACAAUGCGUUGGUGGGUUCUGGCCGGAAUUUAGAUGGGAAUGGCGGUGAUGUGGUGGCGGAAUUGGAGAACACGAAGAGCAAGAGCAAGAGCAAGAGCAAGAGCAAGAAGAGGAAUAAGAGGAGUGAGUCAGGGCUGAGUGGGACUGGGAGCGAGUUGGGUGAAUCAGGGAGAACGAGUUCUACAACCGGUGGUGGCGACUCAGUGAGUUUUAGGUUGGGUAAUUUGCAAAAGUAUGUGGAAGCAGAGCAGGUGGCUGCUGGUUGGCCUGCUUGGCUCAGUGCAGUUGCUGGUGAAGCCAUUCAUGGUUGGGUGCCUCUUAGAGCUGAAUCCUUUGAGAAAUUAGAGAAGGUUGGACAAGGCACAUACAGCAGCGUUUUUCGUGCUCGUGAACUAGAAACCGGGAGGAUAGUUGCCUUGAAGAAGGUUCGUUUCGACAAUUUUGAACCUGAAAGUGUUCGGUUUAUGGCUAGAGAAAUAGUGAUUCUCCGAAGGCUUGAUCAUCCAAACGUAAUGAAGCUAGAUGGGAUCAUAACUUCUCGGUUAUCAUGUAGCAUAUACCUUGUCUUUGAGUACAUGGAACACGACAUUUCAGGAUUGCUUUCUUGCCCAGAUAUCAAAUUCACUGAAUCUCAGAUUAAAUGCUACAUGAAGCAGUUGUUAUCUGGGCUCGAGCACUGUCAUUCUCGUGGUGUAAUGCAUCGAGACAUUAAAGGGGCUAAUCUUCUUGUAAAUAAUGAAGGGGUCAUGAAAAUAGCUGAUUUCGGGUUGGCCAAUUUCUGUAAUCCUUCUGGUGGUGAAAGAAAACAGCCAUUAACUAGCAGAGUUGUAACGUUAUGGUAUCGACCGCCUGAACUUUUACUGGGUUCAACGGAUUAUGAAGCUUCCGUGGAUCUAUGGAGUAUUGGGUGUGUGUUUGCAGAGCUUCUUCUUGGUUCACCUAUUCUUCAAGGAAGAACAGAGGUGGAACAACUGCACAAAAUCUUUAAGCUUUGUGGUUCUCCGCCGGAGGACUACUGGAAAAAGUCGAAACUUCCUCAUGCCACAUUGUUUAAACCACAGCAUCCGUACGAAAGUUGCUUAUGGGAAACUUUCAAAAACUUGCCUAAAUGUUCAGUGGAUCUUAUCGAAACUUUGCUCUCCGUGGAACCAUAUAAGCGCGGGACUGCCUCUUCUGCGCUCGCAACCGAGUAUUUUAAGACGAAGCCUUACGCAUGUGAUCCAUCAAGUUUACCGAAAUACCCACCAAACAAAGAGAUCGAUGCCAAACAUCGUGAAGACUCAAGAAGGAAAAAGCCGGUUGGGAGGACUCGUGGACCUGAAAUGUCAAGAAGGUUAGCCAGAAAACAGAAUGGCAUGACUAAAUUGGCACCAGAAGAGAGUUUACCACCGGCUAAAAGUCAAAUUCGGCAUAAAAUCAACGGAAAUAGUUUAGAUAAUCAGAAAGAAGGAGAUAUAAUCUUGGGCUUUGAGCUACGUAAGCCGUCUGCAAACACAGCAGACGAUGGUUCACAUGCAAAACAUGCGUCUCAAGGAGACAUUCCGUAUUCUGGUCCGUUACAAGUUCCGGGUUCGAGUGGUUUUGCGUGGGCCAGAAGGCGGUUAGAUGAUUCUUUAUCUAUAAGAUCACGCAGCAGGUCUAGUUCAAGAAGCCUCAUUUCUGAACCUUCAAAACACUUCGAGUCCAAAUGUAACGAAAAUCUUGAGAGGAUUGAUUCAAGGGGUCGGGAGUCCAAUGAGAUGGGGACACGUGGGUUGGUCGUUAAGAACUGGAGCCAGUUAGAGCGGCCGGAUUCAUUUGAUGCAGGGUCAGAUGGGUUUGUGAAGAGAAUCAAUAUGAUUUAUCAAGAUCAAGAAGAGAAGGUCGAGUUUUCAGGACCUUUAUUAUCUCAAUCGCACCGAAUUGAUGAACUUCUAGAGAGGCAUGAACGCCAGGUUCGCCAAGCGGUUCGAAGAUCAUGGUUCCAAAGAGGGAAGAAAGCCGGGUAGCGAAUUGGAGACAUUUGUCGACACUAGUUAACCCAUGUUGCGGAAACAUGAACCCGGUUGGGGGAUGGUUAAGGGACCAAGAUGGGUGACGGGUUAGCCGUUUGUGGUCAAGUAAACUUGAUGGUUGGGCUAACCAAGAGGGUUGGGUUCAUGGGUCAUAAUGUAUAAUUAAUUUAAAGGUGGUUUGGGUAUUUAAUGUAGGCUCACCUUCCAUAUCUACCCAAUUAUUUUUUUCUAUAUAAUAGAUGUUGGAGUAAAUUAUUGUGUUUAGGAGGGAAGACCAUCUUCUUUUAAUACAUAGUAUAAAUGCACAAUGAUCCAAUUUCAAGGUGGA